AUGGUCAACAAAAUGAUGUUUUCUGAUGUGUCCAGUGGCGGAAGUCAACGCGGCUGUGCUGUUGUGCAUCCGAUAAAGUUGAUUUUUCCCAUACCUACUGCUAGACUUGAGACCUGCAUAACUCCAGAAGCUUCUGUCCCGCGUGGUAUUACAAAUUCUUCAGCUCAUCUGCUCUCCGGCUUACAAAAAUUCUACCACGGUUUCGGUCGUACACGAUUUCCCGGGUCCUUGCGGGCGGCCUCCCGUGUCACGGAGGAUGAGCCAGAUGUCGCCAGCCGUGGCCUCCAUCACCACGCAGAGUUGGUGAUGCAAGGGGUGCAGCGAGCUCUCGCCUACAUCGUGCUCACAACGUGGGAUCAAGACCAGGGUCCGGGGACGUUCCGGUCCAGAUACCCUACUGCUCGAGGAGAUGUUGCUCCAGAAUUGAACACCGGCGAGACCGGCUUCCCCGUCGCGCAGCUUCCGGGUAUGCAUGGCGGCGCGGCCCCUCCCAAUGGUGCCCAUCUGCUUGCAGACAUUUGCAGCAGCAAGACCUACACACCGUCAAUGUAG